UAAAUAACACAAAUCAUCCUCAUGACCUUAUAAUUAUACCCUUUAAUUAUCUGAUAUACGCGUAUUCGCUGCGUAUUCGCUUCUAGUGUCUGGGGCACACCUAAUCAUGGCUGAGAAAGACAUGCGCCUACGCCUGGUGGUGCGUAGGGAUGGCCUUCCGGAAGAACGACUCAUGUGGAAUGUGUCUCUCGAAGACAACCCGACUAUCUCAAAACUCAUCGAGAAGGUUAACGAGACCUUUCCCUUAGAGAUCGGCCAGAAAGGGUUAGAAGACUACGUCGUCGAGCUGCGCGAUCAAGACGGUACAAGUUUCGAAUGCCUCCAUUUUCAGCCUGUGCGCACCGUCCUUAAACCUGAUGAUCGAGUCUUCAUUCGAGCUCUCGAUCGAGAUGACAACAGGCGUCGUCGAAUCAGCGGUCGACAUCAGAUCUCUUCUGACGGCAGACACCUCGUCGAUGGUAUCCCUUUCGGGCGUCGCCUCCUAAGGGUCCCGGUCGGCCGACCUCCAAUCGACCCUCCGCGGAAGCGCCGUAGACUUUUACACCCUCACGAGAGCCUAGAUGAUAGCCUAAACGACGACGAAGAUACACCUAUGUUACUUCUCACGAAUGGCGAGCGCCUAGCGGAUAAAUCAGCCUUCCCGAACGUCAAAUUUAGUCCGAAGUUCGAUUUCAUCGAUGCCGAAACAGAAGACGGUGACUUUGAUAAUGAAGCAGAGGCAGAUAAUGAAAGUGACGGUUCUGAGUCCGACGAUUAUGAUCAGCAGAACUCAGAAAUGCCAAGCGACGAAGAUGAUCUUGAGCAGGAGCUUCGGGAUUUGGCGGAAGAUAAUGCUAUUGUGGAAAAUAAGGAGCCUUCAGAUGCGCAGGAUUCAACAAGGGAAGAUUGCAAUAAGGUGUCAGCAUUACAAGCUGCGUUCCCCUCGGCACCAGUAAGCAUCUGCGAGAAGAUUUUGGCGACCUCCGGCGAUGACCUUAAGUCAGCAUACGAUGUUCUAGCUAGUGGUUUCGCACCUCAGCUGCCAGAAUCCGCAUUACGAGCAGGGUCAAUGUCUAUGACAACAACAUCAAAGCUAAAAUCACGAAAAUCACGAAAAGAUGAUCCAACAAAAGAUAUUCCUACUACGCACCCAGAAGAGGAGAUUACCGACGACAUCGCCCACGAUGACGAGGAUAUGUCCGAUGCAGACGACGAAGAGCAAGUAUCUGCCUUUGUACGGCAGUUUGACCAUCGAGGCCUUCCACCUGGAUCAAUUACUUCUGGCAGGGGGCUAGCGCAGAUGGCUGCAAUAUCUAGCUCGUUUGAUAAUAAUAAGGCGAGCGGCGAGAGCGAAACUACGUCCGCAACGUUGAACGGCCAUAAAACUAGCCCUGAAAAGACAGUUGAGGAAGACGAUACAUCGAGCGACGCUACAAGUUCCAGCUCGGAGAAUGAAGAUUCUGAAAUCUCAAGUGAUAGUGAUUCCGAAGAUGAUGACUCUGACAAUAACGACGACGAGGAUAUGUCAUCAAAUGGUAGCGACCAUAGCAACAAUGAAAGCGACAAUAGCGACGAUGACGAUAACGAUAGUAAUAUGCGUCCGGCGGAUAGCUCUCCUAAGAGUUCCUGUGAUGAUAUGACAAGCGAUUCGGACAAUGAGAGUGAUGAUAGUAGCGAUGAUAGUGACGAUGGUCCGGAAGAAAUCUCCCUGAAGCGGCAGUCUUCCGAUAGCCAAAAACUCAGCCGAAAAAGAGGUUUCGGCCAUGAUAACAGCCUAAACCAAAUCGGAAGUAGUAACGAGACUUCCGAUAGCAGUGACAUAUCCUCGGAUGAAAGUUCUGAUGGAGAAUCUAGCGGAGCUGAAUCAAAUUCCGCGUCAGAAAGCGAAGGUGUAGAAGAGACUUCCAACAACACCGAUACAGCUAGAGCAUGCGUCCAAACUUCGCUCACCGGAAGCGUGCAAACUAAGCCUUCACAACCACCACCAAAUACGAUUCCUCAUGUUCAGCCAGUGCCUCCCGGAGCUGGUAACGAGAGGACAAAAAAGCGAAAUGCUCGCCGAAGAGCCGCAAACAAGGCCAAAAAGUUAGCGCAACAGGGUACGAUUAUGGGUGCGACGUCUACAGGCGAGGAAACUGGGUUGUCUGUCAUAGACGAAAACGCUCUCUUUGAAGCUAAGCGGCAGGAGCUGCUAAAUGCGAUCGCUAGUGGCGGAAUAGAAAUUGGCCCUCCUCGGUUCGACGAGUCAUCGAGAAUGUCCACAUCAACAAAACGGAAGCUUGAUGAACGCGACGAACCUAACCGUCAGGUUAUCCAGCAGGACACGUCGGCUAUGACACCUGUGGACGAAGACGCGGAUUCAUCAGCUUCUGUUCAAAAGAAGCUUCGUGUAGAUAUAGGCGCCGGUCGGAGACUCCUUUUCGGUGCAUUAGGUCUUCGUAACCCCAAAACAAAAGAAGACGAGGAUAAAUUACGGGAAAAGUUAAUGCGGGAUAUUCGACCGCUCGACAACCCAAGACUCGGCCAGGGAAAGGAUGGUACACGGCAAAUAAAUGAAGACGGCCCGACGGUGGAGGAUGAUCUUGAGUCCUGGAAAGACAAAAUCACAUAUCGAGCCGUAGAGUGCUGUUACGAAGGGGUGCAGCUCAGCGAACCCCCAUUUCCAUUCGUUCAGCGCUGGGAUCCUCAACAGCAAAGCUCAUGGUCCCAGAAGAAAAACAAGCGUGGCGGUCAAAGUAAGCGAGCACAGCGAAACCAAGGACAUUUCUAUCAAGAUAACCGCCCAAGCAAGAAGCGGAAGCACGAAGAAUCUGACAUGUGGGACGAAGAAGGGUACGAUGAUACAUUCAACGGUAUGGACGAUUACACCAAUGAUGCCGAUGUCGAACUCAACUAUGAUGACACUGAGGCAUCCCAACCCCGCGAGGCCAACAGACCUAUAAAUGAUGCGAGCCAGUUUACAGACAUGGAUGAUCUUCCAUCCUUGCCAUCGGAUUUAUCGGCGCUUCCCGCUCUACGUCCCGGGGAAGUUCAAGUUGGAAUGGUGAUAACCUGGCAGCAGUGGUCAUGCUCGUCGGCGACUAACUGGCAGCCGCAGCUUUCUAACGUGACGGGUGUAGUGGUUAGAAUCGAUGACGACGCUACUGGCUUGGAAGUCUGUCUUGCUAAGAGAGAUCGAUAUCUUGAUCGAAACCAGAAGAAAUAUGACGAGAGUACCGGCCAGCGGAUAUAUGACAAAUUUGAAGCGCCAGAUCUCGAUGACGACGACGACGAAGAUGAAGGAGAGGACGAAGGAUUUCGGACUAUUGGCUUUGCCGAAAUGCAGCAGCCUAGAAUUCUUCAACAGCCGCUUUCUAUCAUGGCGCCUAAUGAGACACCUAGUGCAGCUGGCUCCCUUCCUGAAGCUAGCUCAAAUACGAGGAGUGAACCGCCAGCCAUCGCCGAAGACGUAAAAGUCGACGCACACUCAGAACGAGAACGGUCUAGCACAAAAGAAUCAAUCGAGGAAAACACGUCCGGCGUUACUUGCGUCGAGAUUUCUUCAUCGGGUCAGGCACAACAACACAGCAGUACGUCAGCGUCUAAUCCUUCGCAGGUCAAUAGCCCUUCCCAACAGUUACACGAGAGUACCAGCCAAUUCGUAGGUAUACAAACUAGUCAACUACCAAUUCAGGAUAUUUCCAGCCGCGAUAUCGAUUCGGAUGGUCCAUCUACUAGGCUAGACAUCGAAGUUCUAGAAUCGGAACUUCCUAGCAUUAGACAGUCAUCGGCCCCUCUAUUUGAUAGUCACGAGGAUGAAGUUGUUACCGGGACACCGAAAGUUGUGAGGUCUAAAGCUACUGUCCCCCCUUCGUCAGUGAGUAGUGCUCGCAGUGGACGGCAGCUAGAUUACACUUUACACAUGGAAGUUACAGAGCCGGAUUCUCUUAAAAUGACAGAUGACGGCAUCUCUACUGCUCUAGAUACUGAAUACCAACAGGAUCUAGAAUCAGAUGAGGAUGUUUCAACCCCUACGCCUACGCCCUUUGUCCAAGAAGAGUCGGCCGUCGGACAAGAGACAACGGCGCAAGAAUCAGAAUUACGAUCGUCAGCAGAACCCUCAACUCCUAGUUCAUUGUCCUCAAUUAAUACCGUAUGGUGCACGGCGCUUACUUCGCUCACUUCGCGAAGUACGCAGAGUCCAUCCAAGUCUCAGUCGCAGUCUCUACCCUUCAAUGGAUCGCAAAAGGCCCGAGCGCAAAAGGAGCAAGACUACGAAGAAGAAAUGCGGAAGUUAGAUAAUACGUCAGAUUAUCAAACAAGCUCCUCAAGAGUUCCGGAUAGCUUCGAGCAGAGCAGCCAAAGAAGAAGUCUCGACGGUGUUGUGGAGGAUGGCGUUGUUAAAGCGCCUUCAAAGUCCCCACCAAUCAAAACCUCUCCUCCACCGAUGAAGAAACGGAAAUUACCUAAAGAGUCAUCCCAGUUCACACUUCCUCCUGGAACGCAGGUAGUCGAAUUGUCUUCGGAUUCAGAACCUGUCUAUACCGAGAAUUAUGCCGACGACGAGGUUGAUGGGACUUAUUCUCCCGAUCCGGACAGUUUACCUAGGGGUAACGGAUGGGUACAUAAGAGGAUUGAUACCAAAAAUCGCAACGCGAGAAGUGUGACAGCGCCUAUCAGACCUCAGCCGGCAAAAAGGAGGAAAUUUAUCUCCUCGUCGCAGGGACCUCUGUCGACUUCUCCCUCAACAUCGAUCUCCACCUUCAGUCCAAUUAAACCUCGGAGAAAAACAAGCUCAAGAUUCUAGUUGAUUUUGUUUAGGCACAAGGUUGGUCUAAUAGAUGAUAUUAGGUUAGGUAGCUAAGAACCAGUAUACCAGUGUCAUAUUCCACACCCCUCCAUAAGGUUAGUUGCUUCAGUUCAACUAAUAGCUAGAGCAAAUAAAAACAAAUCACACGACAACCGAAAAUGAAAGAGUCUGUUCAUAGUGAAGGCCGAAGUCUUAAGCACGAUUCAUAAUUAGAAGCAGUAGAGAAUAUCCAGUUUAAGCAAAGAUAUCAAGUAGGAUUCUUUCUACAAACGUUGGUGAUAACCCUUGUCUUAAGGUUAACAUCAGGGAAAGGUGCAUAGCAUUAGGUACCCAUGGGUAU